AUGAAGUCCGUCCACUCACUCGUCGACGCCUUGCCACCCUUGAAACUCAACGACACUGAGGAGAUCGAGCUCCAGAACUUGGCGGAGAACUUCGUGCUGAGCAACAUCGACGAGUACCUCCACGUCUCGGAGCGGGUUCGCAAGACUGGCAAGACGCCUCGCGAAUGGCGCGAGCUGCGCCGCAAAGACUCCAUCCGGGUGUACACUCAACGCAGCAAGAAGAGCAAAGACCCCGAUGCCCUUGAACCGACGGUGCCCUCGUUGCUGCUGUUCGGCACCAUUAAAGGCACGCUGAACGACGUUAUGUACGCGGUCUCAGCUUCUUGCGACGAGGACAUCAAAGUCAAGUCCAAGUUCGUGCAGGAUGGCAUCGUAGACGCCAAGGUGCUGCACGAGGUGGUGCGUCCGACGGUGGAGGACCCGUAUCAGCACGUGAACGUGGCGUGGCGACUGUAUUCCGUGCCUGAACACCGCGACUACAUUUGCGUCGAGGCAUCGGGUGUUGCGAUCACGACCGAGGGCGAGUCCAUCGGCUACCACAUCGCACACUCCGUCGGGUUUCCGCAAUUGCCUCCCUUUCAGAACGCCGACGUGGAGCGAGGCAACUUGUCCGUCUGUGCAUUGUAUCGCCAACGCGCGCCCAACAGCGUCGAGUGCUACGUGCACGGCUUCUUCGACUUCCAGGAGGACGACACCGUGCUCUCCGCCAUCUCGAUGAACUCGAUGGCCAACCAGUGGCUGUCCUUCUCGCAGCUGAUCGAGUGCGCUGAGAUGAAGAAGCUGGUGUGGCGUCUGCGUAAGAAGUCGGCACGCAUCAGCAUCGACACGUGCAGCUCGUGCAGCUCCAGCGGGAGCAGCUUCGACUCCAUGACACUGGCGCAAAGACGGAAGAGCUCAGCGGCAGCCAAAGCUUCAAGCCACUGCGGUAUCUGUACCAAGAGCUUUGGACUGCUCGGCUCGGGCAAGAAAGCCUGCAGAGUGUGCGGCCAACUGGUGUGCUCGAAGUGCCAGGUGAAGAGGACCGUGUGCACUGUGAGACCCUGGGAGAACACAGCCAUCCUCGAGAAGAAGCUGCCAGUCUGCGGCCCGUGCAUCCAGGACGUCCUCAGUGAGAACGCCCUGGACGUCGCGCGAGACGAGGUUCAUCUUCGAGUCUACACCCGCGACUCGGACUGGUGGUCGAUGUCCGAGUGA